CAAUCACUUCCGGAGUAUUGUGUUUUCUUCGCGCGGUGUGUUCCCUUUUGAUUUCAGCUUCAAGUUACUGAGUUGAAGAAGGAGAACGACAUCAAACAUGACAGAGGAGGUGCAGAAGCACUCGGUGCACACGCUGGUGUUCAGGUCUCUGAAGCGCAGCCAUGACAUGUUUGUGUCUGAUCACGCCAAACAGGUCUCUUUGGACGAGGAGAGCCAUAAGCUGAAGAUGGCCGCUAAGCUGAGAGCGGAGUACGGCCCAGUGUUGCACAUGCCAGUCCUCAAAGAAGGGAAAAGCAAAGUGCCUCCAAACGCCAUGGAUCCAUACAGCACAUUGGGCUACACGUCAGCCGAGACUGAUCCAGAGUAUCUCAUCACAGGAACACACCCAUACCCAUCUGCCCCAGGAGUUGCCCUCACCACUGACACUCAGCUGCAGAAGAUGCCCAGCGAAGCCGCAGUUCACUCCAUGGCGCUGGCUCUGCCUCCGUCUCAAGCAAGGCAGGACAUGGCUCGAACUGCAGCAAGCGUUGGAGAUAUCCACAGACACGCCGGGGCAGCAGAGCGAUCCCAACCACCACAACACACACUGGCAUUAAUGGAAGGGGGAGGGACAAAGAAUUCAACGCUGAUUCCUCGAAAAGCUCCAACAAUGCCCAAACCGCAGUGGCACCCACCAUGGAAACUCUACCGGGUGAUCAGUGGCCAUCUGGGCUGGGUCAGGUGUUUAGCAGUGGAGCCUGGAAACCAGUGGUUUGUUACUGGAUCUGCAGACAGGACCAUAAAGAUCUGGGAUCUGGCGAGUGGGAAGCUGAAGCUCUCACUAACAGGUCACAUCAGUACAGUAAGAGGGGUGGCUGUGAGCUCACGCAGCCCAUAUCUGUUCUCCUGUGGAGAGGACAAACAGGUCAAGUGCUGGGAUCUGGAGUACAACAAGGUUAUCCGUCACUACCACGGUCACCUGAGCGCUGUUUAUGACCUGGACCUCCAUCCCACUAUUGACGUCCUGGUGACGUGCAGUCGUGAUGCUACAGCCAGAGUUUGGGACAUUAGAACCAAAGCUAACGCCCACACUCUGACUGGCCACACCAACACGGUUGCCACGGUGAAGUGUCAGAGUGUCGAGCCUCAAAUAAUCACAGGGAGCCACGACACCACAAUCAGACUGUGGGAUCUGAUUGCUGGGAAGACGAGAGCCACGCUGACCAAUCACAAGAAGUCUGUCCGAGCACUGGUGCUGCAUCCGCGACAAUACACGUUUGCCUCGGGAUCCCCAGACAACAUCAAGCAGUGGAAAUUUCCAGAUGGGAACUUCAUCCAGAAUCUGUCGGGACACAACGCCAUUAUUAACACACUCACAGUGAACUCUGAUGGAGUUCUGGUUUCUGGAGCCGAUAACGGUACGAUCCACCUGUGGGACUGGAGGACGGGGUACAAUUUCCAGCGGAUCCAUGCAGCCGUGCAGCCUGGCUCUUUGGACAGCGAGUCGGGGAUUUUCUCCUGCGUGUUUGAUCACUCUGAGAGCCGUUUAAUCACGGCCGAGGCGGACAAAACCAUCAAAGUGUACAAGGAAGAUGACACAGCGACGGAGGAAACCCACCCGGUCAGCUGGAAACCAGAAAUCCUGAAGAGAAAACGAUUCUAAAGUCAAUUGUAUUUUUAACUUUGUAGCCGCAAACUUGAUUGUGAAAAAUAAAAAAAAAAAAGUGUUGUACUGGG